CUUAUCUGCCAUAAUUGCGAGCAUCCUCAUUAAAUAUAUAAACUAUUCUUUGGUGCUGACCUUUCAAUACCCUAUCUACUGCGUAAGUUUCCAGAUAAUCACAUACUAGCCUGAUUUGCAGCCAAGCGAAGAAGAGUGGUUUAAAUCAAUUUAAAACUUCUCAUUGUUUACCCCAUUAAAUCAAUUCUGAUUAAUAAUAACCUUUUGGUCACUUCUGUUGUAAGAGCAUGUUAAGCUGUAGCAACUACUGUCAAUUGAAUCCUUAAGGUAUUGUUGAAUUAGUACAUGGAGCCCUUAUUUGGUCAAAUUAUAACUAAGAAAAUUUACGAUUGUCAGCUGAAAGAAAGAUUUACAUCCGUCCCUUGGAAGCUAACUGUUUUUGUAGACGUGUAUCAUAUUGAAAGCCCUGGUCAUGUCUCUUGAUUUUAUUGCCGGAUGUGUUGGGGGUGUAGCUGGAGUUUUUGUAGGCCAUCCCCUCGACACAGUCAAGGUAAAUUUACAAACACAAUGUGCAGUUAAUCCUCAGUAUCGAGGAACUGUUCACUGCAUAAAAUCCUUAAUGGCAAAGGAAGGAAUUAAAGGAAUAUAUCGAGGAGUAACUAGUCCAGCUCUGGGAGUAGCAACGUUAAAUGCAGUUGUGUUCGGUGUAUAUGCCAAUGUUCAAAAAUAUUCGACAAAUCCUGAGAGCCUCUCAUCGCAUGCAGUUGCUGGAGCAGCAGCGGGAUUUUUCACUAGUGUUAUUUCUAGUCCGAUGGAGCUAGUUAAGUCAAGGAUGCAGGUUGCAGGAGCCCAAGCAGGCAAAAGUCCAUUGGAUUGUUUAUUAAGAAUUUAUAAACAACGGAAAUUGCUUGGAGUAUUUCAAGGAUAUGGUAUAACAUUGAUAAGAGACGUUCCAGCCUUUACAACCUAUUUUGUAUCUUACGAGUAUUUAGCCAGAACCGAGGAAGGACAGGUCCCUUCAUCGGCAACAAUAUUAUUCGCUGGUGGAAUGGCAGGUGUGAUAUCUUGGAUAAUACCCUACCCACUAGACGUCCUUAAGUCAAAAAUUCAAGUAGACACCUCAAAACAAUUUUCUGGAGUGUAUGAUUGCUUCAAGCAAACCGUCAACACAGAAGGAUAUCGAAGCCUUUUUCGUGGAAUGACACCAACAUUAAUUCGGGCUUUUCCAGUAAAUGCCGUCACCUUCUUCGUAGUAACCUGGACAAUGAGAAUUGCAAACAUGGAAAUCAGGCUACCAGAUUAUAACCCCCUUAGGUCUAUUAAUUUCAAACCACAUUUGGAGAUUAUAAACGAAGGAUAUUCAUAUAUGUGAGUUUAGAAUAUUUUUUAGUUAGUUUUAAUAAAAUAAUUAAAAACAUUA